AUGAAUUUCCAACUUCCAGACGAAAUUAUUUUACUCAUUCUCCAAUAUUCCAAUUUUACAACCAUUGAAAAAGUUUUAAAACAUUUAAAUCAUCAAUUCUACAAAUCAAGUCAUUACUAUUUUGAAAAUUAUUUACAAAACAGAUAUCAUCUCUAUGGAUGUUAUAAAUUUGAUUUACUCACAAAAAAGACAUGUUUAAUUUAUCAUGAUAUUUUAACAGCUACAAUCAAGAAGAAUGUUUUUCAUUAUGAUAAUAAUGAUAAUUCCGAUAAUUCUGAUAAUAAUAGAAAUAAUGAUGAAAUAAUUGGAGAUGAUUAUUUAUCAUUCGAAUCAAUUUUAGAGUUUUUGAUGGAAAAUUCUGAUAGGAAUCGUGAUUAUUCCGAUCAGAAUAAUUGUUUAGAAUUAUUGAUUGAUUAUUAUGAAUUAAUGGUCAAGUGGAUGCCUGGUACUACUAAUUUUACAUUCCAUUCCAAUCACCUUCCGUAUGAUCACUUUUUUGCUUAUCCAAUUGUAUUUACUGGUGCUGCUGCUUCUAAUAAUAAUAAUAAUAGUAAUAAUUAUUUAGGAAUGAAAAUAACAUGUGUUGAUUUGGAAACAUUUUCAAAUAUUAGAUGGUCAAUUCAGUUAAAGGAUUUGAAAUGGCCACUAUAUCAAUUAAGUGGUAAUAAUAAUAGAAGUUAUCAAAAUAAGAGACAAUUAUUUGUUACUCUAAAGGAUGAUCAUUGUAGAUAUGUCAUGUCAAUAAGAAAAGAUUUGGGAAUUAUUGAAUUUAUAUAUAAUAUUACACAUGACAGUUUAUUAAUUGUAAAGGAAGGGAAUUCACAUGUUCCACUCUAUGAUCAAGUGAAGGCAUUGAAUGAAAAACAAACUGGUAAAUUAACGAGUACCAAUAGAGUAUUGGAUAAUAUAAUAACAAGUAGGGAUUAUCUCAUUAUAUCUUGUAGAGAGAAUGAAAGUCAAUCGAAUAAUUAUUCUACAUUAACUUGUAUUCAUUUACGAAAUUUUGAAAAGAAAACAAUUCUCAAAUGGAAUAGGAUGAAGAGUAGUAUUAAUACUUCAUUGACAGAUUUGGAGAAUGAAUUCUCUCAGGAUCAAACCAAUUGUGGUAAUUUGUUACUGUUGGACAUUAGAUCUAAUGAUUCAAGAGUAACUAUUGCAUCCUUAAAACUUGAUUCUAAAUUGGAGGAUAUUAACUUGGAAAAUUAUAGAAAUAAUUUCCAAUAUUGUGUUCCAAUGAUAAAUGGAUCUAGAAAUUUACAUGUCGAUUUAACAUGUCUUGGAAGUGAAUAUUAUUUAAUAUCAGGUGUGGAUGAUAAACAUAAAAUUAGAACUGAAUUGGUAAAUUUGAAAAGUGGAGAAAAGAUUGAAAAUUUGAAAAAGCCAACUGCAGUCUACAUGGUUGAAAAUUUGAAUAAUAAUCUUGUUGGUUUGGUUUCUAUUACAGAAACUCAUUUAGCAUUUUGUAAAUUGAAUAUUAAUGUCAUUGAGGAACCUGAAUGGGAAAUUCCAAUUCAUGAAUUGACAAAAUUUCCAUACUAUCCAAAUGUACAAACCAUAUUGAUAGAAAAUUAUUUAAUUGUUUCCAUUUAUGGAUCUGCUGGAUUUUACAUGUUUUGUUUCAAUGCUGAAAAUGGUCAAAUAUUGUGGAAAGAUAUAAUUAUUGAAAGUACAGAAAUGAAUAGAUUCUCUCAUUUUGAUGUUUCUUGUAACAUUUCAAGAAAUAUUUCAUUGAGAACUAGAAAUACAGUUGCAAUAUGUGGAUCUUCAAAAGAACACGCCUUUUUCUUUAUUCAAUAUCAAGCAGAAACAGGUGAGAGACAAGGUCCAGCAAUUCAUCACAUCAAUACAUGGGAAAAUCACAUUCAGAAAACAAAAGAAUAUCAUCAACAAGUGAUUCAAUUAGGUAAUUUUAUUAUCAAUCAACUCAAUAGACAGAAAAGAAAAAAGUGUUGCAUCAUGUAA